AUGCCAUCCGGAUCAGUGAAAUUGGAAAGUAUUAAAAAGCUUGGACAUGAGAAUCACACCUAUGAGAAUGCGGAUGAAGAACCAGCUGGCUCUUACAUGACAAUGACAGCCUCCGAGGAGGAGAAGGAGAAAAAAGGAAAGACGAAAGAGGAGCAACCUGCAAUAAGAGUUGGCUUUUUUCAGCUGUUCCGUUUUGCCACGUGCAAAGAAGUGCUGAUGAUGGUGGUGGGAAGCAUUUGCGCCGUACUGCACGGCUCAGCUCAGCCCCUCAUGCUGCUGGUGUUCGGCCUGCUGACGGACACGUUCAUCGAGUACGACAUUGAGCUGAAUGAGCUGAGUGACGAGCGGAAGGAGUGCGUGAAUAAUACCAUCCAGUGGAAGAAGAACUACACUGACAUGUUCGCUGGCAUCAACCAAUCAUACUGGAGUUUUGGCAACAAUUCAAACCUGGUACCUGUGGUGGCCAGGUCAUGUGGGAUACUCGAUAUCGAAUACGAAAUGACCAAAUUUGCCUUCUAUUAUGUUGGAAUUGGAGCUGCUGUAUUCAUUUUGGGAUACUUUCAGAUCUCACUGUGGGUGACUGCUGCUGCCAAGCAGAUCCAGCUCAUAAGGAAAAUCUACUUCAGCAAAGUGAUGAGGAUGGAGAUAGGCUGGUUCGACUGCACUUCGGUGGGAGAGCUCAAUACUCGCAUGUCUGAUGACAUCAACAAGAUCAACGACGCCAUUGCAGACCAAGUCGCCAUUUUCAUGCAGCGUUUUACCACCUUUGUGUGUGGCUUCUGCAUCGGCUUCGUGAAAGGAUGGAAGUUGACGCUUGUGAUUGUGGCAGCAAGUCCACUAAUUGGCGUUGGAGCAGGCCUGAUGGCUCUGUUUGUGGCUAAGCUAACAGGCAUGGAGCUGCAGGCCUAUGCUAAAGCUGGAGCCAUUGCAGACGAAGUCCUCUCCUCGAUCAGAACGGUGGCCGCUUUUGGCGGAGAAAAAAAAGAAGUCCAACGGUAUGACAAAAACCUUAUAUCAGCACAGCGCUGGGGCAUCAGGAAGGGUUUGAUCAUGGGCUUUUUCACUGGAUACAUGUGGCUAAUUAUCUUUCUGUGCUAUGGUCUGGCUUUCUGGUAUGGUUCCAGUCUUGUGGUGGACACAGAGGAAUACUCACCAGGGACGCUUUUGCAGGUAUUUUUUGGUGUUUUGAUAGCAGCCAUGAAUUUGGGACAGGCCUCUCCAUGUCUGGAGGCAUUUGCUGCAGGCCGUGGAGCUGCCACUAUCAUUUUUGAAACCAUAGAAAGGGAGCCAGAGAUUGACUGUUUAUCCGAAGCAGGAUAUAAACUUGAUAGAGUCAAAGGUGAUAUUGAAUUUCACAAUGUGACUUUCCACUACCCUUCCCGGCCUGAAGUUAAGAUCUUGGACAAACUCAGUGUCAUAGUGAAGUCGGGCGAGACUACUGCUUUUGUUGGACCGAGCGGAGCUGGGAAAAGCACAGCUGUCCAGCUCAUUCAACGCUUCUAUGACCCCAAAGAGGGCAUGGUGACCCUGGACGGUCAUGACAUCCGCGGUUUGAACAUCCAGUGGCUACGCUCGCUAAUCGGCAUCGUGGAACAGGAGCCCGUGCUCUUCGCCACAACAAUUGCAGAGAAUAUACGCUACGGUCGACCUGGCGUCUCAAUGGAUGACAUCAUCACUGCUACCAAAGAAGCUAACGCAUACAACUUUAUCAUGGAUUUGCCUCAGAAAUUCAACACCCUAGUAGGUGAAGGAGGUGGUCAGAUGAGUGGCGGUCAGAAGCAGCGAAUUGCAAUUGCCCGGGCACUGGUCAGGAACCCUCGCAUUCUGCUCCUUGACAUGGCCACUUCUGCCCUGGACAAUGAAAGUGAGGCAGUGGUACAAGAAGCCCUCGAUAAAGUGCGCAUGGGACGGACCACCAUCUCUAUUGCCCACCGGCUGUCCACUAUAAAGAACGCUGAUGUGAUUGUGGGCUUUGAGCACGGCCAGGCCGUUGAGAGGGGCAAACAUGGGGAACUACUGGAGAGGAAGGGCGUCUACUUUACACUUGUGACCUUGCAAAGCCAAGGAGACAAGGCCCUCAAUGAGAAGGCUCGGCAAAUGGCGGAAAAUGAAGAUGCACCAGAGAAGCUAAGCUUGUCCAGAGCCGGCAGCUACCGGGCCAGCCUGAGAGCCUCCAUCCGCCAGAGGUCCCGAUCCCAGCUAUCAAACCUGAUUCCAGAAUCUUCCGUUUCCAUUGCUGGAGAGCUGAGCCCCAGAGCCUAUGCUGUGUCUCAAGCAGACAAAUCAAAGGUGGAUGCCUUACAAGACGAGGAGGAGGAGGAUCCAGUAGAGCCUGCGCCAGUGGCCAGGAUCUUGAAGUACAACUUGCCCGAGUGGCCUUACAUGCUUUUUGGCUCUUUGGGGGCAGCUGUGAACGGAGGAGUCAACCCUGUCUACUCGCUUCUUUUUAGUCAAAUUUUGGCGACUUUCUCAGUUACCGACCCCGUAGCGCAGAGAAAGGAGAUUGACAGCAUCUGCCUCUUCUUUGUCAUGGUCGGCGUAGUUUCCUUCUUCACUCAAAUGUUGCAGGGUUAUGCCUUCUCCAAGUCUGGAGAGCUGCUCACCCGCAGGUUACGUCGCCUUGGAUUCCACGCUAUGCUUGGCCAAGAAAUUGGCUGGUUUGAUGAUCAUAGAAAUAGCCCUGGAGCUCUCACCACGCGACUGGCCACUGAUGCCUCACAAGUUCAAGGGGCCACCGGCUCCCAGAUCGGCAUGAUAGUCAACUCUCUGACCAACAUUGGAGUGGCCGUCCUCAUGUCCUUCUACUUCAGCUGGAAGCUCACAUUACUUAUCCUGUGCUUCCUGCCAUUCAUCGCGCUGUCAGGUGGUUUUCAGGCCAAGAUGCUCACUGGGUUUGCCAAGCAGGACAAACAAGCUAUGGAAGCUGCAGGACAGAUUUCAGGUGAAGCCCUCAACAACAUUCGCACCAUCGCCGGUCUUGGAAAGGAGAGGAAUUUUGUGGACACGUAUAUCGCCCAGUUGGAUGCGCCGUACCAGGCGGCCCUGAAGAAGGCCAACGUCUACGGGGCUUGUUACGGUUUUGCCCAAUGCGUUGUCUUCUUGACCAACUCAGCCUCUUAUCGGUUUGGGGGCUACUUGGUGCGCCAAGAGGGGCUCCAUUUCAGUUUAGUGUUCAGGGUCAUUUCUGCCAUUGUCACCAGUGGUACAGCCCUAGGCAGAGCUUCCUCCUACACACCUGACUAUGCCAAAGCCAAGAUAUCAGCUGCACGCUUCUUCCAGCUGCUGGACCGAGUGCCUAAGAUUAGCGUCUACAGUGAGAAAGGACAAAAAUGGGAUCACUUCCAAGGGAACAUUGAGUUCAUUGACUGCAAGUUCACUUACCCCACUCGACCAGACAUCCAGGUCCUCAACGGACUGAACGUGGCAGUGAAGCCUGGCGAAACGUUAGCCUUUGUGGGGAGCAGCGGCUGUGGGAAGAGCACCAGCGUGCAGCUUCUGGAACGAUUUUAUGACCCGGACAAGGGCAGAGUGCUGAUUGAUGGUCGUGACUCGACUUUCGUCAAUGUGCCUUUCCUGCGUUCCAAAAUUGGCAUCGUGUCGCAGGAGCCAAUCUUGUUUGACUGCAGCAUUUUGGAAAACAUCAAGUACGGCGACAACUCGCGGGACAUCAGCAUUGACGAAGUCAUCUCUGCUGCCAAAAAGGCGCAGCUCCACAACUUUGUCAUGUCUCUACCAGAGAAAUACGACACGAAUGUGGGUGCCCAGGGUUCUCAGUUAUCUCGCGGUCAGAAGCAACGCAUCGCUAUCGCCCGGGCAAUCAUCCGUGAUCCCAAAAUCCUUCUUCUGGAUGAAGCCACCUCAGCUUUGGACACGGAGAGCGAAAAGACGGUGCAGGCGGCUCUGGACAAAGCUCGAGAAGGCAGGACCUGCAUUGUUAUUGCCCACCGGCUCUCCACCAUUCAGAACUCCAACAUCAUCGCUGUUAUGUCCCGAGGCUACGUGAUUGAAAAGGGAACCCACGACCAGCUCAUGGCCCUGAAGGGCGCUUACUACAAGCUGGUUACCACCGGAGCGCCGAUCAGCUAA